UUUUAUUAUUUUAUUAACUUUGAGUUUGCUUAUUUUUUUUUUUUCCCACUGACCAUUCUACAAGCAUCGUCUGUGCGAUUGUCGAAUAGUUCCUGUCAUUUUGGUCGAAGUUUGUUUUUUUCCGCCAGAAAUUAGUGCUCCCACUCCUUCCAGCAUUAACGGUCCGUUGUGUGCAUUCACCUUUGUUAAUAUGAAAAUUGAGAAACACGUCAAGAUCUCCUCUUCCAAUUCCAUAGUCCGCGCGAAAUCAACCGAUGCUUAUCUGUGGCGAAUGUGGAAGGUUCAAGUACGUUUGAUGGAUCGUGAUGCAUCACUCUCCGGAUUUGUCGAUCACAUCGAGUAUAUUUUGCAUGAAUCAUUUGAAAAUCCUCGUGUUGUGUGCACAAAUGAGCCAUAUUUGCUGGAGCAAGAAGGUUGGGGAGAGUUUGAUCUUGGGAUCGUCUUUCAUUUCAAGGAUCCAAGUACAAGUCCUCAAACGCUUUGGUUCGAUCUCAAUUUCGCCAAACCAAAGUACUCGAUUUACAGCACAUUGGUGUUUCGCGAUCCCAGUCCUGAGUUGAUGUUAUUGCUACGAACGGUAUUUCAAAACGAUUCACAGAAAAAGCGACGACGACUUUCGACGGAUAAUAAGCGACGUGGUAGCUCAACAGAGAUGGAAUUUAUUAUGGAUGCAAAAUACGCAGAAGAUUGGCUGGCUUCCAUGAGUCGAAGUCGUGGUAUUGGAGCAAAGAAUGUCCCCGAAGAUGUGGAUCUAUCUGAUUUGGCACGAUGUUUGCAAUCCUUGGAUGACGAUGAAUUAAGAGAAUUAUAUCACAUUCUGUCUAAAUAUAACACAAGUGAUAUGCUCUUUGUGGAAACUGAAGCCGAAAUUCUCUUUGAUCUAUACUCUCUUGGUCCGGUUCUGUUAUCUAGACUGUGGGAGUUUUCCAAACAUGUGAAAAGGCAGCGUCACGAACGAUCCAUAAACAACCAUUAUUAUGCACAUCAUCCUCAGAACAACCCCUCUCAUUGUGUCAAUUCCGUUCCAUUCUACGGAUGAUGGCCCGAUUCCCCAUUUUCUAUCCCCAUUUUAUAUCAUCUGUACAUGUCUUUUCUCUUUUUUUUUUCUAAACUCCUCUUUUUCACAUAAUGUAACCCUUUUUUUCAGCUUAUAUGCAGCUCUUUGGGUGUCCCUUCUUUGACGCUAUUCUCCUUAUCCUUUCUUUUUUUUCAUUUCUGUGUGUGCGUAUGUGGUUUUUGUUUACGUUCAUCCCCUUACUUUUUUUUUCUUUCUCUGUCUUUGUUUGCUUGUUAGUUUCUUUUCCUUUAUUUUCAUCUUUCUCUUGUUUCCCUUGAAUUUUAUACCUCCUGGAUUAAAAUGGUAUAGGGCCAUCCAGCGCAAAAAAAAAUCGUGGCGGGUUCCCUCCAAACUAUCCUUUUCUCUUGCUUCAAUUACUUAUCUUAUUACCAUUGAAUGGAUAAAUAAAAUAUAAAAUGUUC